CGGCCAAGUGCGGGUGGCCCAAAGGCCCCGAGGACGGCAAGGCCCAUGACGUGGUGUGGUCCACUAACAACAUCGGUGACCGUGUCCACUACUCGUGUGGCUCCGUCAACUACACCACCAUCUGUACGGAGACUGGCUGGACUAAGGUCCCCGCGACAUGUGCCGAUGCGGGAAGCGAAGACGUCAUAGCCAACUGCAGAAUCUACGCUGCAACCUACGCCGGAUUCUGCAGCAAGAUGCCAGGAGCAAAGAACUUCUGCCAAAAGACGUGUGGGGGGUGUGAGGGAGAGGCGGCACGUUCCAAUACGUCGGCUCCAAUAACGUGACGUGCGAAGCAGGAUUUAAGCUCCGCCAUCUUGUGCCGGCCGCAGAUCGGAUCUCCGUCAAACCGGAUGAUGCCGUGGGCGUGCACACAAGCGGUCACGACACCCUGUCUAUCAACGCGUGCAAGGGCUCGAUCAAACUGGUGGAACCGCUCAUAGCGAGUCCUCAGAAGACGGUGGAUGUGACGAAGCUCGACUUCGCCAAGAGAGGCUGUUUGUACCCCUCUGUGGGGUUCAGGGUGGAGUCCUAGGUCAAGGCCAGGUCCGUCUGGAGUGACAGAAG